AUGGAUCUCUUUUGUAAAAGAUGGAUAUUUGUCCUGGUGGUGUACAUCGCUCGGGUUGUUGUUUCGUUCCCCCAAUUUCAGAGCCAGAUUCCAAACGGAGAGAAGGUACCCCAUCCUUGUAAUGACAAGGCGUGGUCAGCAGUGGGUCACGCUAACCCUAAUGGGGGACAUGAAAGAAAUCCCUUCGGAAAUGACUUUGCUGCGCUUGGAAUGACAUGGAAUGAAGCACUUUGUAGAGAAGAUUCUGAUGGGGACGGGAUGAGUAAUGGAGAAGAACUGGGUGACCCAAACUGUACAUGGAGCCAAGGUCAGCCAUUUCCAAGCACCCCAGUUAGUCACCCAGGUGUGUGCGAGCCAUUGGGUGACGAAAAAUGUAAAGGCAAAAAUGAUUGGCUGAAUUGCAAAAAGAGCGAUUUUGAAUGCGAUACUUUAAAUAAUCCAGAAACACAGUAUUUUGACAUAAAGUUUCCUCGGCGGAAAGUUCCUGCCAAGAAGACGACUUACACGUGUAUGGUGGUAGAAGUACCGGAAGUGGGAGACCAUCACAUGGUCGCUAACAAACCCCUCAUUGACAAUGAUCACGUGAUGCAUCAUAUGUUACUGUACGGUUGUCAAGGUGAUGCUGUUCCAAAAUUGAACACGCCUUAUGAAUGUGGUAUGGAGGCGUCCUUCGAGUGUAGGGAAUUGAUUGGGUUAUGGCAGGUGGGGUUACAGGGAGAAUGCAUGCACCGUGACGCGGGCUUCCGGUUUGGCAAGAAUGGAUAUCGACAUAUUGCUCUACAGAUGCACUGGACCAACAAGCAGGAGCGAUCUGACUACCACGAUGGUUCAGGGAUGAGGAUAUUUUACACUACAUCCCUCCGUCAACAUGAUGCUGGAACUCUAUGGGUAGGCCAAAUGUUCUUGGAAAUUCCUCCCCAGAUGCCGGAGGUAGCCGUGAGUGGAGUCUGUACCUCCGAGUGUACAUCUAAAAUCUUUGAAGACAAUCUCAAUGUUAUUGGAGCAUUCAACCACAUGCAUCUACUCGGAAAAGGACAGAAUGUAGAACAUUUUAGAAACGGAAAACGUAUAGGUGUCUUAACAAAUGAUACCCAUUACUCUUACAAUAGCCCAGCACAGCAAAGUUUUGACGUCCCUGUUGUCGUAAAACCCGGAGACGAACUAAAAACUACUUGCACUUAUAACUCAGAAGGGGUACGAAAAUAUACUUUCUUUGGGAAAGGAACACAUGAUGAAAUGUGCUUCGCAUUUAUAAAAUAUUACCCGAAGCAGAAAGCAAAGAUCCAGAAGUGCUUGUCAUUCAGAGAACUGUCUAUGUGUCCGAUGUUUCCAGAAACAGCGAAUCUCUUUGAUGACGGGGUAAAAGGAUGUAACAUUCCAAAGUUCACCUCACUGACCAAUCCUGCUACUUUGGCCAUGGUAUUUCAG